ACAUGUCGAAUUUACCGCACUUGCUGUUCCCACGAGAAUUGGCCCCGUUGGAAUCGGCGUCAAGUUCUCCUCUCCCACCACCCCGCCUUUUUUCUUCAGCUACCGACACAACCACAAUGUUCCUUCUCAAUCUCUGUUUCUUCACCGGCUGGUCACCGGGAACAUACUUCAUCUUCCGACCGUCUCUACCCCCUUCUGUCCAGAUUCCUUCGCCCUCCUUUCUCACCAACACUCUUCUCUUUCCGGUAGCGUUCGGGAAAGAUGUCAAUUCAAAGUGUUUCUUCUCGAAGGGGGGGUUCGUUGACGAACAGCCCCUCGCAGAACAAGAAGAAAGCCUCUGAGUAUUCGUCGCUUGACCUUACUCCUCGUAAAACGUUCCCGUCACCGCGCACCGUGGGAGAGCGAACUGUGAAAUCAUUGCGGCUUUCAAAGGCAUUGACAGUUCCUGAAACAACCACCGUCUAUGAAGCUUGCCGUAGGAUGGCUGCUCGCAAAGUAGAUGCUCUACUACUAACAGAUUCUAAUGCUUUGCUCUGUGGAAUCCUCACAGACAAGGAUGUAACAACAAGAGUCAUUGCUCGUGAGGUUAAUCUCGAAGAAACAACCGUUUCCAAGGUUAUGACAAGGAAUCCAGUAUUUGUCCUUUCUGACACUCUUGCUGUGGAAGCCCUCCAAAAGAUGGUGCAAGGGAGGUUCAGACAUUUACCUGUGGUGGAGAACGGAGAAGUUGUUGCCAUACUUGACAUAGCGAAGUGUUUGUAUGAUGCCAUUGCCCGUAUGGAAAGGGCAGCAGAGAAAGGAAGGGCAAUUGCGGCUGCUGUUGAAGGUAUCGAAAAACACUGGGGAACACCUACGUCUGGCACCAAUUCGACGUUCUUUGAGACACUUCGCGAGCAGAUAUUCAAGCCUUCUUUGUCUACUAUCAUUCCUGAGAAUUCAAAGGUUGUUACAGUUUCACCAACAGACUCAGUUUUGGCGGCAACAAAGAAAAUGCUUGAACUUCGUGCAAGUUGUGCAGUUGUGACUGUUAAUGACAAACCUUGUGGUAUCCUUACUUCAAAGGAUAUCUUGAUGCGGGUGAUAGCACAAAGUCUUCCUCCAGCCUUAACUCUUGUUGAGAAGGUCAUGACUCCAAGUCCAGAAUGUGCAAUAAUUGAUACACCAAUAGUCGAUGCACUUCACACUAUGCAUGAUGGGAAAUUUUUGCAUCUUCCCGUUAUUGAUAGAGAUGGUACUGUUGUUGCUACGGUUGAUGUAAUUCAUAUAACUCACGCCGCUGUAGCGACAGCUAGUCAGGUCGGAAACAGUGCUGGUUUUAAUAAUGAAGCAGCCAACACCAUGAUACAAAAAUUUUGGGAUUCGGCCAUGGCCUUAGUUCCAAAUGGGGACGACGACGAUUCCCAAAGCGAAACUUCCUUGAAAAUGAUUUCUGAGGGAGGAGAAUUAGGGAGAAACCUUUCGUAUCUUGGGUCAAGCAUGCCGAAUGCAUUUUCCUUCAAAUUACAAGACAGGAAGGGUAGAUUGCAUAGAUUCACAUGCGAUACUCGGAGCUUGACAGAGGUAAUAACUUGCAUCAUUCAUAGAGUCGGUGAUGAAAUUGACCCCACGAACCUGCCCCAAAUUUUGUACGAAGAUGAAGAAAAUGAUAAAGUUGUACUGGCUUCGGACAGUGAUCUUGCCGCAGCUGUAGACCACGCAAAGGCGGCUGGUUUGAAGGGAUUGAGAUUGCAUUUAGACUACUCAGGAACACGGGGUUAUGGAAAUGAUUCAAGUUCAGUGAGUUUGAAAUAUGGUAAUUCAGAAUCAUGGGCAACAGCAUACAGCACCUUUGCUGCUGGAGCUGCAAUUGUUGCUGCCUUAGGCCUAAUGGCGUUUGUGAGGCGAAGUCAAUAAUAGGAAGAAGCAGCUUUUGUCGGCGGUAGAGGCCACAAAUGAAGUGAGUUGGAACUUUGGAGGGGCAUACUUUUAGCACUUGCCAAUCUCCAAUCUCUUUAAGUUCUGGCAUUUUGUAUAACAAUUUGUAUUCGUAUUCAAAUGUUAUACGAGAAAGAGAGGAAAAACAUUUUAUUUCACUUCAUCAUCUAUUACACUUGUAUUCUGGCAUGUCAGUAGUUUCACAUAGUUUAAGAGUUGAGGUCAAAGACAAUUUAGAUACAUCUUCUUUUAAUGUUUCAAGAUGUUUUUUAAAGACAACCAUGAUGAAGAAGCUACAGUAUACCUGAAAGUCUCACAUCCCUUGGAAGCGCUUCAUCGAUCAACUCUGUGAGAUGUUUUUAAGUAUAAAACUGUGUCAGAAAUUUAGAUUUCAAGACAAACAAUAUUUUAGAUAUAGUUAUUGACCGACCUAAAGUCGGAACACAUUGUAAAUUUGUGAUAUACAGAUUUCCAUAUCUCAUCAUCUGUCCGAUAA